AUGGCAGGCCAGUGGCGCGGCCGCCAGCCUCGGAAGCAGUCGCUGCCCAAGCUGGCGCAAAAUCGCCGAGGUCCGCCAUACGGAGGCACGCGGUACUCAAAUAAGCUCGCUCUCGCAAAGGGGGGCAACGGCGGCCUGCGUCGGCUGCGAUCUGGGGCGGCCACGAGAGCAGAGUUCGAAGGCCGCAAGCCUGCGUCGUCGCAGGCAUCAAAGGGAAGCCUCCCGGAGCCACUUGCGAAGCUCGUAGCCUUGCUCUACUACGGUGCAUACGUCGGCGUCUUCGGAAAGAUGGUGCUUGCCGUCCUGGAGAGGGGGCUGCCGGGCGCUGCAACUGCGGGCUAG